CCGGAGACCUGCUGCCGCGGCCGGGCGGCUCCCACAGCAGCCGGGAUUAGCAACAGCCGGAGGCCCCCGCAGUUCAGCUUUCAGCGCGGCGGGACGGAGGGCGGCGCUGCGAGUGCCUGAGAGAGGAGCGGCGAGCAGCUGUGCUGCCCGGCAUCCCUCCUCACGCCGCCGCUCGAGCAGCAGCCCCGAGACUUUUGUGCUCCCUCCAAACAUGGAUUUAUUCUUCCUGAGGUUACUCGCGGUGGCCUGGCUUCACCUGGAGGCUGCGGCGGAGUUUGACGGAAGGUGGCCCAGACAAAUAGUCUCCUCUAUGGGAUUGUGUCGGUUUGGAAGUAGAAUUGAUUGCUGCUGGGGCUGGGCCCGUCAGUCAUGGGGGCAAUGCCAACCUUUCUACGUCUUAAGGCAGAGAAUAGCCAGAAUAAGGUGCCAGCCCAAAGCUAUAUGUCAGCCUAGAUGCAAACAUGGUGAAUGUAUUGGACCAAACAAAUGCAAAUGUCUCCCAGGGUAUACUGGAAAAACCUGCAACCAAGCUGAGCAGCUGUAUACAAGCCCAACUGAUCGGCACAGUGAACCACCUCUAUUUCGCCCCCUGGAUCAUCGUGCAACAAAUGUGCCUUCAAGGGAUCUAAACGAGUGUGGAUUAAAGCCUCGGCCAUGCAAACAUCGAUGCAUGAAUACUUACGGUAGCUACAAAUGCUAUUGUCUGAAUGGAUACAUGCUUAUGCCAGAUGGAUCAUGUUCUAAUGCUCUUUCUUGUUCAAUGGCAAACUGUCAGUACGGCUGUGAUGUCGUGAAAGGAGAGGUACACUGCCACUGUCCUUCUCCAGGCUUGCAGCUAGGGCCUGACGGUAGAACCUGCAUAGAUGUUGAUGAAUGUGCGACUGGGAGAGUUGUCUGUCCCAGAUUUAGGAAAUGCGUUAAUACUUUUGGAAGCUACAUCUGCAAAUGUCAUAAAGGCUUCGACCUGAUGUACAUUGGAGGCAAAUACCAAUGCCACGAUAUAGAUGAAUGCUCAAUUGGCCAGUAUCAGUGUGGCAGCUUUUCACGAUGUUACAAUACCCAAGGAACCUACAAGUGUAAAUGUAAAGAAGGAUACAGAGGCGAUGGAAUAAACUGCCUGCCUAUUCCUAAAGUUAUGAUUGAACCAUCUCGUCCAAAUAAUAUAUUCAAGGGCAAUACUACACUUCCGAAGGGCAGCAGCGGUAUGACCAAUAGGAUUCCUGACAUUGGAGGUACAAGACAGCCCCUGAGACCACCACAUAUACCAGCUAUUAUUACAGUAAGGCCUGCAGCCAAGCCAACAGUACAACCUACACCAAAACCAACAAUAUGGCCUACACCCAAGCCAACUACUAGGUUUGUACCAAAACUGAUGACAACAAGACCACCACUGAAGCCAGCAACAAGGCCUCCAACACCUCCACAACCUACAACAUCAAAACCUGCACCAACAGCAAGAACUCCACAGUUAACAACUAAAGACUCUUCUCUUGUUCCCACUGAAACUACCUCUCCCCAAGGAUUUACAGUUGACAACAGAAUACAAAUAGAACCUCAGAAACCACGAGGGGAUGUGUUUAUACCACGACAGCCUGGAGUGAGCAAUAAUCUGUUUGAAAUAUUUGAAAUUGAAAAAGGGAUUAGUGCAGAUGAGGAUGAAGCAAACGACGAUCCAGGUGUCCUGGUGCACAGCUGUAACUUCGAUAGUGGUCUGUGUGGAUGGAUCAAAGAUAAAGAUGAUGAUUUGCACUGGGAACCACUUAGAGAUCCAUCAGGUGGACAGUAUGUGACUAUCUCUGAACCCAAAGGCAAAGAGGGAAAAGUAGCACGUCUGGUCUUGCCACUUGGCCAGUUAGCUCAUUCAGGGGACUUGUGUCUGUCCUUUAGGCAUAAGGUAUCUGGACUACAUUCUGGUCUACUCCAAGUGUUUUUAAGAAAAAAUGGUGCUCAUGGACCUGCAGUUUGGGGAAGAAAUGGUGGCCAGGGCUGGAGACAAACACAAAUAACUUUGCAAGACUCAGGCAUUAAAAGUGUUAUUUUUAAAGGUGAAAAAGGGAAAGGCAGAACCGGGGACAUUGGAUUAGAUGAUGUGAGCUUGAGGAAAGGCCGCUGCUCUGAAGAACAUUAGCAACACCCACUAGACUGGCAAAGAUUAUAUACAAUU